GUGGAAAUUACAGUUAGUAUUGUGGGGAAGUCUAAUGGGCACCCUUUUUUUUUAGCCUGUUCUACGACGCGGGAGAGGCCUUUUCUAGAGAGAGAGAUAGAGAGAGAGAGCAAAGAACUUUUUUAAGGGCGAGGAAGAAACAGAAGAGAGAGAAACUGAAGGGUUAUUUCCUAGAGAGAGAGAGAGAGAGAUGGACACAUUUUUUAUAUCGCAUGGGUCUCCAACCCUUGCGAUUGAUGAAGAUGUCCCUGCAAGAAAAUUCCUUCAACAAUGGCAGCAGAAGAUACUACCUCAGAGGCCAAAGGCAAUUCUUGUGAUCUCAGGCCAUUGGGAGACAGACGUGCCCACUGUGAAUUGCGUUCAGAGGAAUCAGACCAUACAUGACUUUUAUGGAUUCCCCCAACCUAUGUACCAGCUCCAAUACCCAGCUCCAGGCUCUCCAAUGUUGGCAAAGUCAGUGAAGCAACUCUUAGAGAUCUCCGGUUUCAAGACCGUGAUGGAGGACGGGGCCCGCGGCCUGGACCACGGAGCGUGGGUGCCACUCAUGCUCAUGUACCCGAAAGCAGAUAUCCCGGUAUGCCAAUUGUCAGUCCAAACAGAUAAAGAUGGAACCUACCACUAUAAACUGGGCCAAGCUUUGGCCCCACUAAGGGACCAAGGUGUGUUGAUUAUGGGGUCAGGUAGUGCUACUCAUAACUUGAGGGCCUUGAGACAGGGUGGAGAUAAACCUGUUCCCUGGGCCCAUGACUUCGAUACCUGGCUCAAGGAGGCCUUAAUCAAUGGAAAAUAUGAAGAUAUAAACCAUUAUGAGAAGAAGGCACCAGGUGCGAAAUUGGCUCAUCCUUGGCCUGAUCACUUCUACCCUCUGCACGUUGCACUUGGAGCAGCCGGCAAGUGCCCCAAGGCUGAACUCAUCCACCAUAGCUGGACCCAUGGUUCUCUCUCCUAUGCCUCCUAUAGGUUCACAACAGAUAUAUAAAAAAAUGGGCUACCUACAUACAAUGGGGGUGUUCAGAAGAUAUACGUGUUUUCUCUUUAUUUUUGUUGGUUUUCAUAUCUUUGGUUGGUAAUGAUACUGUGGAUGUCAGCUCCUUUUACAUCUUCCCAUAUCAUAUCAAAUCUGCACCAUUGUUGGAGCUGCACCAAGAUCUCUAACUGAACUGUAUUUCAGUGAUUUAAGCUGUGUUUUGCAUCUUAAAUCUGUGGAAAAUUUAGAUGGAUUUGUGAGUCUGGUAACUUACGGUAGACUUUUCCAUCAUUUAGUAUGAGGAACAUAUGUUUCUUUGCCAUUUA